GAGAAGGCCUCUGCUGCCUUUGCUUUGAGUUUCAGGCCUUGCUGGGGCCAUGGCCCAGGAGGAUGGGCAAGGAGAGAGGAGCUGCCCGCAUGGGCCUUGUUAGGGAAACCUGGAGUUGCUGCGGCCAAGACUGGAGCCAUGAGGCGGCCUCCAGAGAACGGAGAGGCGGCCAGCGAAGAGGGUAUAGGCAGCUGGGGCCUAUGGGGCCAGCAGGAGACAAGGAGGCUGGGCUGUGCAGGUCCCGACCGCUGUGGGCAGGCAUUGCUGCAGAUUGGGAUCAACAUGAUGGCACUGCCUGGAGGCCGCCAGGUGGACUCCAUCACCCUCCCGGGUCAGCGGCUGCACCUGAUGCAGGUGGACUCGGUCCAGCGCUGGAUGGAGGACCUGAAGCUCAUGACCGAGUGCGAGUGCAUGUGUGUCCUGCAGGCGAAGCCCAUCAGCCUGGAGGAGGAUGCACAAGGUGACCUCAUCCUGGCAGGCGGCCCGGGCCCUGGAGACCCCCUGCAGCUGCUGCUCAAGAGGGGCUGGGUCAUCAGCACCGAGCUGCGCAGGAUUGGCCAGAAGCUGGCCCAGGACCGCUGGGCGCGUGUCCACAGCAUGAGUGUGCGUCUGACCUGCCACGCCCGCUCCAUGGUCAGCGAGUACAGUGCUGUCAGCAGGAGCUCCUCGCAGGAGAUGGGCCAGGUUGAGAAGCUGCUCAUGGAGAAGUGCUCGGAGCUCUCGGCAGUCACAGAGAGGUGCCUCCAGGUUGAGAAUGAGCACGUCCUGAAGUCAAUGAAGGCCUGCGUGAGCGAGACCCUGAGCACGCUGGGCCAGCAUUUUGGCCAGCUGCUGGAGUUGGCCCUGACCCGGGAGGUGCAGGCACUGGUGAGAAAAAUCGAUGCCUCGGACAAUAUCUACACCACGGAAUCCACCACAGGGAACCUGUUCAGCCUGACUCAGGAGGGGGCCCCCUUGUGCCGCAUAAUAGCCAAGGAGGGUGGGGUAGUAGCACUCUUCAAGGUCUGCCGGCAGGACAGCUUCCGGUGUCUGUACCCCCAGGCGCUCCGCACGCUGGCCUCCAUCUGCUGCGUGGAGGAGGGGGUCCACCAGCUGGAGAAGGUGGACGGCGUUCUGUGCUUGGCCGACAUCCUGACUGACGACAGCCACUCAGAGGCCACACGGGCCGAGGCCGCGGCCGUGGUGGCCCAGGUCACUUCCCCACACCUGCCUUUCACGCAGCACCUCACCAGCUUCCUGGAGAGCAUGGAGGAGAUAGUGACUGCUCUUCUCAAACUGUGCCAAGAGGCCUCAUCCGGGGAAGUCUUCCUGCUGGCCUCUGCGGCCCUUGCCAACAUCACCUUCUUUGACACGAUGGCCUGCGAGAUGCUCCUGCAGCUGAAUGCCAUCCGUGUCCUCCUGGAAGCCUGCAGCGACAAGCAGAGGGUGGACACGCCUUAUACCCGGGACCAGAUUGUGACAAUCUUGGCAAACAUGUCGGUCCUGGAGCAGUGCGCCUCGGACAUCAUUCAGGAGAACGGAGUCCAGCUUAUCAUGGGCAUGCUGUCUGAGAAGCCAAGAUCUGGGACCCCUGCUGAGGUGGCAGCCUGUGAGCGAGUCCAGCAGAAGGCUGCAGUGACUCUGGCCCGUCUCAGCCGAGACCCGGAUGUGGCACGGGAGGCAGUGCAGCUGAGCUGUAUGUCCCGCCUCAUUGAGCUCUGCCGAUCGCCCUCCGAGAGGAACAGCAGUGAUGCUGUGCUGGUGGCCUGCCUGGCUGCUCUGCGUAGAUUGGCUGGGGUCUGUCCUGAAGGCCUCCAGGACUCCGACUUCCAGCAACUGGUCCAGCCCCGGCUUGUGGACUCUUUCUUACUCUGCAGCAACAUGGAGGAGAGUUUUGUGUAGCAAAUGUGAGAGAGGAAAGACAUUGGCCCCAUUCUCUUGCCCUCUGAGUACACACUUGUGAACACACCUGAGUACAUACCAGCCCCCUCACCUCAUUAUUUAUACUUAAUUUAUUUUUUACAUGAAGUGGACCUAGGGCUAAAUAUCCUAGCAACAUCAUCAGGCAGUCUGUGUUUCUUGGGAGUCUUUUUUGCUUUUAUUUUUUGACUUCUGUGACUUUUCAGUUGCAGAUGUUGAAAUGCAUAAUGGCUAAUAUGACAGAUUGUCAUGGGUGAUUUCACUCAUCUUGCUUUCUCUACUCUCACUAUGUAAUAUUGCCUCAUUUUUUAAAACUUGGCAACCAAAGUAUUAUAACUACCUAGAAUUUUUUUUAAAAGUAGAUUUGCUCUUUUUAAAAGAUUUUAAAUGAAAUUCAUAGUUGGACGGAAUAUACUAGAAGGAAACUUAUUCUUUAAUAAAUGAAAUCAUACUAAAUUUGUCUUGGAUUUUUCUGAAUAAAUUAUGCCUUAGAUUAACUUCUUGCUUCCCAAGGUUUUAUGCAACAAAAAUUUCCCACUGUUAAAACUGCAUAGAGAAUUGUAUUUUUUUUUCCAUAAGUACAUAAAUGGGUAAAGUUCUAAGUUAGUGGGAAAUAAAA